CAUUUACUCAACUCAAAGGGUUCUCUCUAUUUAUCUGCAGCGUGGUUAUAUCAAGAGACAUAUCAUGUUACUCAUGUAAUUUUUCGCAAGCAACUAGAACAUCCCUGGAUACUUCGCUUGUGGCAUACAAACUUAGCUGUAGUUCCUGAAUUGUCUCUGACUUCCUUACAUCCUGCCCAUUCUUGCUUCACUCGCAUCCACACCACCAUUGUUGAUUUGCCUACCCAGUUCAGCAUACAACCACACAACCUCACUGGCUGACACAAAAUGUCUCGACCUGGUACUACACUCUAUGUCACCGGCUUCGGGCACGGGACCCGAGCUCGCGACCUUGCCUACGAAUUCGAACGAUAUGGACGUCUUGUCCGCUGUGACAUCCCAGCGCCGCGUACCCCUUCCAGCAGACUGUUUGCCUUUGUGGAGUACGAGAGCCGCCGCGACGCAGAUGAUGCAUACCAUGAAAUGCAUAAUAAGCGGAUUGGCCGCGAUGAUCUGUUGAAAAUUGAGUGGGCGCGUACUCCUCCAUCUGCUUCUUGGCGUUUUGACUCUGGCCGGGACCGGCGACGUGACCGUACUCCGCCACGACGUGGCCGCUCUCCUUCUCCUAGACGUGGUCGUGGCGACUAUUCUCCCCGAAGGGACGACAGGUACGAACGGGAUUAUGACCGACAUGACCGCGACUAUGACCGCCGCGAUCGCGACUAUGAUCGCCGUGACCGGGAUUAUGAUCGCCGCGACCGGGACCGUGAACGUUCCCGUGACCGCUCUCGAAGCCCUGAUGAGAGGGACCGCGAUAUCAAGGAUGAAAGGGAGCGCCGUGAUGACGAUCGUGAACGACGCGAGGACGAGCGGGAGAAUAUCCCCAAUGGUGAAGACAGGAAAGUCCCCUUAGAACCCUUGACCUCCGCUCAUGAUGAGCUUGAUACAGCCGAAGAGAGAACACGAAGGGGCCAACUCCUGGAAGUGCUGGCGCAAAGAUACGAGGCAUUGGGGCUUUGGUACUAUUGCUUAACAUUGGUAUUUAUCAUGGUCAGCAGCUCGAAUCAUGACCGAACGAACGUCGAGCGGGCCUUUUUCUUGUUUAUCGUAUCGCCAGACUGUCUCGUCCUUUCGUCACGAUCAACAGCGAUCCGUUAUCCGUCUUGAGCUCGCAUUCUAAUAUAGUCGAUGAUCAUUGACCUUUACCGUCUCGGAAGACCGGUCGACUUCGUGCAUAUCCUGCAACACCGCUUCGAAAACGAUUUGUAACUCUGUAGUCUGUAGAAUUGGUCGUCAUGUUAGUUUGUGGGGAGAAUACAAGUCUAUGUUUUCCUUGCACUUAGUGGAAUGAAUAGGACGACUUUGCAGUUGUAGAGUCAGAAUUAUCGGCUAUCAAGGCAGUAGGA